AAGAACUGAAGAACAAUGAGGGUGUUCAUUUUGUAAUGAAUGUUAACCUGCGCAGAGAACUGCACUGAACAGCUUAGCGUGGUUUUCAUGCUCUUUAUGCGCCUUUUGAAAUCUGGACAUGACAGAGACGGUUUAUUGCACUGAGGCUGCCCUGCGUAAUGCUAGAAAAUACAUUCCUGUUGAGUUGAGAGAAUGGAAAAAGUGAUAAAUUGUUUCCAGCGGAACCCCGACGCGAGCGUGAGGCUGUUGUGCUUCCCGUGGGCCGGCGGAGGUUCUAUUCAUUACGCGCGCUGGGGAAAGCUCGUCCCCAGCUCCAUCGAAGUUUAUGCGGUCAAGCUGGCUGGGAGAGAGAGCAGGGCGAAGGAGCCUUUCUGCAAGAGCAUGGAGCAGAUCGUGGAUGAGGUCAUCGGCGCGCUGCUGCCCGAGCUUCGGGAGAAGCCCUUCGCCCUGUUCGGUCACAGCUUUGGAUCCUUGGCCUGUUACGCCACGGCCGAGCGCCUGAAAAGGGUGCACAACCUGGAGCCGGCGCACCUCUUCCUCUCCGGCGCCUCGGCCCCUUACUCCGAGACUCGGAAGAACGCCCCGAACAGAAGCGGGCUGUCGGAUGAGGAUUUCCUCCACUGGAUCACCACCAUGGGGGGAACUCCCCCCGAAAUACUCGCCAACCCCGAAAUCUUGAAGCUCUUCUUGCCCGUCCUGAAGGCCGACCUCCACGUGGUGGAGAACUACCAGUGCUCCAAGCCUGACAGCCCGUUCUUGUCCUGUCACGUUACCUGUUUUGAUGGAAAGGAAGACAUUCCCCACGAUUUGCAAGCGUGGAGACACGUGACAAGAGGAGAAUUCACGGUGAAAAUGCUUCCAGGUCCUCACUUCUACUUGAAGGACCCAUCUAACGAGAAGGUCAUCCUGGACAUUGUCACAAGGCACCUUGAGACGGCCGAGAUUGACUACUUGUAGUGGCGCAGUGACGGUGGCUCCAAGGCCACGGUGAUGACGGGCAGAGCAGGGCUCCUGUGGUGUAUGACUCAUAGUGGGGAGGCGACUGUGACUCACGAAGUUCUCCAGAAUCGUAAAAUGCACCGGAUGUUGAGGAAUUUUGAUUGCCGAGGGUAAAAACGUAAAUAUUGUAAGUCACCAGUUUUCCACCGAGUAACAAUAAAGCGAAUUACAAUGUU